AUGGAUCCCAACCAGCCGUCCUACAACCUUCCUACCGAAACAAUCUCGAAUAUCGUCUCUUUCACAGCGGACGACAAGCAGUCACUACUCGGAUGGUCUCUAGCCUCGAGGACAUGGCGCGGGGCCUGCCUGCCCUUCAUAUUUUUUGAAACAAAGCUAGAAUCAUUUGCUGAUUUUCGUCGAUGGAAUCAAUUAAUACAACUGUCGCCGGGUAUUGCUACGGUCGUUCGACGAGUCGAAUUUUGUCCCAAAUCAUGGGCCGUAAUUGAUCCCAUCUCGCCACGGACAAUGUCCGAACCCAUUCCUUCGAUUCCUACGAUGGCAGGAGUAACGGAGCUCGAUUGGGCGCCGGCGGUGUCUUACAACGGCUAUGAGACCACGAUCAUGUCUCUUGAUAUCAUUCGGUUCCUUCGUGCUUUUCCAUCAUUACGGAAAGUGGAGAUCUCUUCGGGGUUUCUGGAUGUCAGAACAUUGGAGUGUUUCCUUGGGAACUGCGGGCCCAUCAAGGAAUUGAGGUUGAACGCUUUCGCCCUCAAAUUUGAACCGACUGGGGAUGGGGAGAGAAACAAUCUCAAUCAUGCCUCAUCCGAGAGGCUCGAUGUCACUUCCUUCGACCUUUCCUCACUUGGAUCCCUUAUAAUUGACGCGGACAGUAAAGAUGUCGGAUGGAUAACCACUUUGUUUGUGGACUCAAAACCUCAACGGCUUCGUGCUCUCACUUUGAUCGAUGGACUUGAUUUACUGGACAUUCUUCCCCUUCUCAACUUGUUCGCUCCUUCAGUUGGACAUCUUACUAUGAAGCCCGCAAUGUACGAUAUAUUUGGUUCAAAGCCGCUAAUAAGCCUUUUUCCUUCCCUUCGAACCUUGAUAAUUGAGACACUGUCCACGGGUGACGCCAUUUUUCGCUGUCGUUCAGACGAACAUGUCUUCACUUCGAUCGAGGCGCAGAACCUAGCUGUUAUGGAACUCAAAUUUCAUUCAAAGGUCCCGGAAAGAGAUGUCUAUGCUAUGCAGCGCUACAAUUCGAGACGGUUUUACUUGUUGCUUUUGAAGAAGUUUCCAAAGGUUGAGAAACUUGUGAUUUGGUUUGAGUUGGUCCUGUAUGUUGGUCAGAGACGAAGAAGGGAAAUUAACGCCAUCGUGAAAACACUCUUCGCGUAUUUUGCGGGAAAGGAGGUUGAAAUAAAGUGGAGCAUUGAGAACCGUCAUGUAGGUUUUGACGAAACAGAUAGCGAAGGGGAAACAGUCAGCGAUACGGAUGAUGAAUGGGUCACGACAGACAGUGAAACUUCAAGUUUAGGCGUAUGGGACAUGGAAUAG